UCUGAAACAUUGGAUUAGAAACCUACAGACUACAGAACCAGUCUGCUGUUUAAAGACCGGACGGAGAUUAAUCAGGAGAAAACAAAAGGUCAUGAGGAUAGUGUUGAUCUGGAUAUGUCUUCUGGGCAUGAGUCUAGCCUUCCCUGUCCACAAGAGACGGGUGACAAGAUCAGACAACGAUGAAGGAGAGGGGCAACAGAGUGACUACAGUCAUUCAAGUGAUGAAGAGGAGGAGGAGGGAGGACAGGAAAGAGAAGAGGGAGGGGAAGGAGGAGAGGGAGAAGAAGAGGGGGGAGAGGGGGAGAAAGAGGGAGGAGAGGAAAGUGAAGAGAGUGAUGAGGAAGAGAGUGACAGUGAUGAAGAGGAGGGGGGUGAAGAAGGAGAAGAAGGAGAGAAGGAAAUAAGAGAGGAAGAAGGAGAGGGAAAUGAAGAAGAGAAUGAAGAGGGUGUGGAGGAAACAGGAGGGGAAGAAGGAGAGGGAAUGAGGGGAGAGGAGACAGGAGUGGACGGGGAAGGAGAGCAGCCUACUCCAGUGGACGGGGAAGGAGAGCAGCCUACUCCAGUGGACGGGGAAGGAGAGCAGCCUACUCCAGUGGACGGGGAAGGAGAGCAGCCUACUCCAGUGGACGGGGAAGGAGAGCAGCCUACUCCAGUGGACGGGGAAGGAGAGCAGCCUACUCCAGUGGACGGGGAAGGAGAGCAGCCUACUCCAGUGGACGGGGAAGGAGAGCAGCCUACUCCAGUGGACGGGGAAGGAGAGCAGCCUACUCCAGUGGACGGGGAAGGAGAGCAGCCUACUCCAGUGGACGGGGAAGGAGAGCAGCCUACUCCAGUGGACGGGGAAGGAGAGCAGCCUACUCCAGUGGACGGGGAAGGAGAGCAGCCUACUCCAGUGGACGGGGAAGGAGAGCAGCCUACUCCAGUGGACGGGGAAGGAGAGCAGCCUACUCCAGUGGACGGGGAAGGAGAGCAGCCUACUCCAGUGGACGGGGAAGGAGAGCAGCCUACUCCAGUGGACGGGGAAGGAGAAAGCAACACCGUAGCCAGAUCCAGCCCUGCCAGGGGAGACGAGACGACCCCUCAGUCCAACAACACUGAUUCCAGGAUGACUAAUGGAGCCCAGAGACUUCAGACCACAUCUCCAGACAGACAGACAUGACUAAUCUAUCCAGUGACUUGAUCUGUAGUCUCUCAGGAAGGCCAGAGGACCUGUGGUUGAUGUUUUUAAUAGUUCUGACUGUUUCA